UGGGCUGUUCAGGCUAACCUGCAGUAGUGCAGGCUUAACAAGCUUACACACCGCCGACCGGUAAGAAAUGUGAGCAAUUAGAGUCGCGGUAGGCAUAAUUCAAACCGUUUUAUUAUUAUAUUUUUAUAUAUAGAGCGUGUUGGGGUGCGUUUUGUUCUCACGUUGAUUGACUAUCGUUUUGUUGUGGGUUAAACGUUAGCCGUUGCGGCGGCGCUCUAUUUAGCUUCCUGUGCUAGUUAGGGCGCCUAUGUAGUGAGGGAGUGCGGAAUGUGAACGACGCGGUUAAAAACGCGACAUGUAUGUAAUCUAGCCUUGGUAUCGGUUGGUUUCUUCGAGGUGUCUUUUAAACAUAAAGUAGUAGCCUGGAUAUCCACCUGGACAUGGUUAGUUUAUUGGUUAGUUAAUGUGUAACACCCUACACUGACGGAUACAGCUGGCUUUUCCGACUGGUUGACAGCAGCGGCGAUGGAAACACAGCCAUCAACAUUUCCUUCAAACUUUAAUCCCAUCAUUCGCAUCAUCUCGGCUAUGCCUUGCGACAGCCGGUGCUUUCUCUCUCUUUCUCGCUAUAAUGUGUGACAUUUCAAACCUCUCCAUCACGAAAUGAAUUAGUUAUAGGUGGAUUGAUCAGUCUAUAGAUCUAUAGAUUAGGUCUUGAGAACCUGAAGGAGGUGUUUUCGGUCGUGGGAGGAACAUCUCUCCUAUUCGAAGCAAAAAAAAAAAAAAAAAACAGCAUUCAGGGUUAAGGGACUGCAGAAACAUGCCCGAUCUGUAACAUCACCUCCAGUGGAAGAGAAAAAUCAGCGCAGAUGUUCAUCGGCAAAAUGACUCUGAGUCAGUCCAGUGUGUUUGGGGAAAUUGAUGAGCUGCAGGACCUUACAUUCAUCGAGAGACCUAUACGCAGGAGUCUUAAGACUGCAGAGGAGAUUGAGAAGUUAACUGUCGAUGAGGAUCUAAAUGAUAUAGAACGAGCAGUCUACCUCCUCAGCUCUGGCCAAGAUGUCCAGCGAGCCAGUGUGAUUGUGAAUUUGCCAAACCUGGUGCGUCAGAACCCCGCUGAGACCUUCCGAAGGGUGGUGCCAAAAGUCAGAGAGGUGUUGCACGUAGCCGGAGCUGAUAUGCAGCUUGCUGCAGCAGGCUCCUUCCUCACUGUUCUCCAGGACGAUAUUGUUCUCAUCCAGACGCAUACCCACUCAAUUCUGCAGAUUGUUCUUCUCAAUCUAGACCACCGGGACGCAGUGGUCAGCAGUGCAUGGCUCGAGACCUUGUUAUCAGCUAUAGACGUUUUACCAAAAGAAACCAUCCGACUAGAGAUUCUGAGCCCUCUGGUAUCCAAACCUCAGCUCUCCCAGUCUGUAGCAGCCCGUCUGGCCAGCUGUCGUAUCCUAGGAAAGGUUGCUGCCAAGUUUGAAUCAUCAGUAGUGAAGAAGGACCUGCUGCCUCUGGUCAGGUCGUUGUGUCAGGACGUGGAGUACAAGGUGCGCUCCUGCAUGUGUCGCCAGCUGGAGAACAUCGCAAGGGGAAUUGGACUGGACCACACGAAGGCGGUUUUGUUGCCAGAGCUGGUGGAACUGGCAAGAGACGAGAUCAGUACCGUGAGACUGGCAGCAUUUGACACCAUUAUAAGUCUCCUGGAUUUGUUUGACAAUGAUGACAGGACACGUGUUAUAUUUCCUCUGGUGAAGACUUUCUGUGAGAAGUGCUUCAAAGCCGACGAGGCAGUUCUGGCAUCGCUGUCUUUUCAGUAUGGCAAGCUUUGUCAUGGACUCUCAGCAUCUUUCACAGAUGAGCAACACCUCUGGUUUCUGGAGUUCUAUAAGAAGCUGUGCUGCCUCGGCCUGCAGCAUGAGAACGGCCACUGCGAGAGCCAGGCGUACCCGCUGGAGCUGGAGAACAAGUACGCCCUGGUGCGCAGGAAUUGCGCCUACAACUUUCCUGCCAUGGUGUUAUUUGCUGACCCAAAUCACUUCUUGUCCGAGUUGUACCGGACCUUCUCAAGUCUCUGUCACGAUCCUGAAAUCUCAGUGCGAUGUACAGCUGCCGAGGGGUUCCACGAGGUGGUGAAACUGCUGGGCCCCAAUGUGCACUAUGUACAUAAAGAACUGAUCACCUUGCUGCAAGAUGAUUCAUUAGAGGUUCUCGAUGCCCUGCUCAACCACUCUCAGGAGACUUUGGAACUGGCAACUUCCAGGGGGGAGGGAGCGGGGCCUGAGAACAAGCAGGUCAACGUACCAGACCUGGUUCCUGCACUGGUAGCAGCCGAGCAGAAGGCAGCAUCCUCACUGCGCUGGCGUGUUCAUGAGAAGCUGCUGCAGCGCUACUCCUGUUUACCCCGCGUCAUUUCAGGAGACCACAUCUACUUCCGCUUCCUGCAGAGAAUGUUCAGCAUUAUCACAACAAAUAAUGUCCUACCGGUCCAAAGGGAGGCUGCACGAACUUUAUGUGUGUUUUUGCGCUACAAUCGCAAGCAGGAGCAACGGCAGGAAAUCAUCAGCAAAAUAAUGCAGGAACUUGCUCAAGGUCGAAGUUACUGGAGUCGGUUGCGGUUUCUGGACCUGUGUGACAUUAUCAUAGAUCUCUUCUCUAAAUCAUACUUCUGCAAGCAUUUCAUAAUUCAGGCGUUGGAGCUGAUCAGUGACCCAGUGGCCAAUGUUAGGUUAAAGUUGUGUCACAUGCUGCCCAGACUGAGAUGUACCAUACGGCUACCUGCAGACAAACAUCUGCAUCAACAGCUGGAGUUUUGUGUCAGAAAACUCCUCUGUCAUGAAAAAGACAAAGAUGUACUGACCACGCUGAGGAAGUCAGUCCUGGAGCUGGACAAAAUGGACCUCACAGAACCGAUCUCAGAGCACUUUUCACUCCUGCAGUAUCAUAAAGGGCAUGAAAGAGACCUGCUGGACCAAAAGAAGGAGAAGGAGGAGGCGUUACUGCUCGAAAUGGAAUUGCUGGAACGGCAACAGAACGAGGCCAAACUGGUUGGAGAAAAGCACUCUGAAAAGAAACGAAGAGACAGCAAAGCAGGACUACCAGGUAGCAAAGGCAUGUCAGGGUCAACAUCUGGAGCCACCUUGUCCACAUCUGCUGGGAAGGAGAUGAGGAGAUCCAAACUGGCUCGCAGUCGUUCCCUCAGCAGCCACCCCACCGCUCCGAAAAUGGCAAAUUCAGAGAAAACUCUAAAAGUGAAGGAAUCAGGAAGCUGUCCUGGAUCAGGAAAGAGCUCCAUAAAACCAGUCAAUGAUGAUUCCCUCCGACCCCAUUUCAAUGUUGCCUCCUCAUCCUCGUCUCCAAGUUCAUCGACGUCUUCUAUGCCCGUCCUAAUCCGCAGCAACACGAGCAGUUCUGUAGAGCACCGCAGCAACGGCAGCAAAGACACACAGUCCAGAAAACUUACCAUCAUCAAGAAGCAACAAUGGUUCAGCUCUAAAGCAACAGACCAGACGAGCUCAGAACACAGUGAAGAACAUCGCUAUAGGAAAAGCAUUCUCUGUAGUGAUGAAUCAUGAAUCCGCAGCCUGGCAGCCUGGACAGACAAAGAAAGUCCAAUUCAUUUGGCAUGCAUUCUGGAAGAGAGUGACCAUAGCACUCUGUUGAAAGGACUUUGGCAUGGAGCUAGAGAGAAUGUGCUUGGUGCUUCUCUGCACCCGAGUGUUCGACAUCAACUCUUCAGAACCCAAUCAAUAAAACCCAUGUUGAACAUCA